AUGAAUAACACAACCGGCUUGGCACUGGUAGGAGGCAGCCGAAAGGGGUUACCGGCGCACCGAGUUUUAACGGGCUGCAUCCUGGCGCUGCUGAUCAUUUGGACGCUUUUAGGCAACUUCACGGUGUGCGCCGCCGUUUAUCGCUACCGGCACCUGCGCGCAAAAGUAACCAACACCUUCAUUGUGUCCCUGGCUCUGUCAGACCUCCUGGUCGCUGUGCUUGUCAUGCCGUGGAAAGCUGUGGCUGAAGUGGCUGGUUUCUGGCCGUUUGGAGGUUUCUGUAAGACCUGGUUGGCCUGCGACAUCAUGUGCUCCACGGCCUCCAUCCUCAACCUGUGUGUCAUUAGUGUUGAUCGAUACUGGGCCAUCUCCAGCCCUUUCCGCUAUGAGAGGACUAUGAACAAGAAGGUGGCCUAUGUUAUGAUCGGCGUGACCUGGACAGUCUCCGUGGUCAUCUCCUUCGUCCCCGUGCAGCUGAACUGGCACCGGGCGGAGAUCGGUGAUCCGGCUGGGGAGGACUUGACGUUUCGCGGUGAAAGUGUUGAUGGGAGCUGUGACUCCAGCCUGAGCCGCACGUACGCCAUCUCAUCCUCCCUCAUCAGCUUCUACAUUCCCGUGGCUAUCAUGAUUGUCACAUACACCCGCAUCUACCAGAUAGCCCAGAUACAGAUCCGGAUGAUAUCCUCCCUGGAGCGGGCGGCGGAACACGCGCAGAGUUGCCGCUCGGACGGAACUGAACUACUACCUCACCUGUCCACGGAAAUCAGUGCCAACCAAUAUCAAUCUCGUAUCCGUCUUAAUUCUGAUUCUCAGCGCACUAGUCAGUCACACCGGGAGCUCAAAGUCUCAUUCAGAAAGGAGACAAAAGUUCUUAAAACUCUGAGCAUCAUCAUGGGUGUAUUUGUUUGCUGCUGGUUGCCAUUCUUUGUCUUGAACUGCGCUCUGCCUUUCUGUCCCGGACCGGGGGCCCCGGGGGCCCAGCGGGGCCCUUAUUGUGUGAGUGAAAAAACCUUCGAUGUCUUCGUGUGGAUAGGCUGGAGUAAUUCGUCCCUCAACCCGAUCAUCUAUGCGUUCAACGCGGACUUCAGAGACGCCUUCCUGCGCCUGCUGCGCUGCCGCGGACAAGGCUGCUGGACCACGGUGAGCGCAGCGGUGGAGACGGUGAUAGCGAGCAACGAGGCCGGACACCUGAAGCAGGAGAGCCCGCUGAACGUAAAGCUGAGCGUCUCCUGUGUUAUGAAGACCGGGGGAAGCGAGGACAGCGGGAACACAACGGUGACUAUGUUUUGUCACAGCGGGACGACUUCGGAACAGGUGACGGACACUGAGGAAAGUAACGACAAAGACAGACUAACGAUACCGAGAGCCCAUAAGUGA